AAAGAACCGGCCUCUAGGGUCAGGUAAACAUUAUCUUUGCCGACAGUCAAGUUCGCUUUUAAAAUUUGUGACAAACCAGAUGGCAAGUCCAAGUUAUCCUGUGAUACUCAAAGCAAAUAAUGAAAGAAACUCUUUCAUUUAUUUACCAAGUCUCUUGAUGAGGAGGUUGGACAUAUCCACAUCCCAAAUUGUGGAGCUUUCUUGCCUUGGAGUGUCCUUUUUUGGAUCGGUAAUUGAACUAAAUGCACGGUCCAUACAAGAGGACGAAAUUCACAUGAGCUCAAAGUUGAUACAUCACCUAGGAUGGUCCUCUACAGAUUCACAGAUCAUGAUCAAGCCAUGCAAAAAGCCAGUAUUCCAGAUCCAGACCCUGUUUCUUAGACCUUGUUCUCCAAAUGAUUGGGAUGUUAUAGAACUUCAGGCCGAAUAUAUCCGGGAUAGGUUGAUUGAGCAGAUACGAAUCGUCAGGAAAGGUCAAAUCGUCCUUGUAUUCGUAGGAAACAUGGAAGUCUCCAUGAUUGCAUACAAACUGGAGCCCGAAAAUGAUUUGGGAACAAUUGGACCCAAUUCUUUGAUUGAUAUUGAGCCUAUUUUCCAUGCCAAACCAAUUCAGUCCCAAGUGGAAGAGAAAGUCGGAUUUGUAAGACAUUAUCUUAACCGACUGGUAAAUGGUGACACUGAGGACGAUGUCAACAAAAUUAGGCGCAGCCCCUUUGUUCUGGAUGAUUCGGUUACAUUCAGGGUGGCUCCGAAAUGCAGCACACUUGGAACUUGGUUCGAUGCGCUCCUUGUGAGUGAGGGUGUGGAUCCAGGAACAAAGUGCAUUGCCCGCUUGAAGAAAGUUCCAUUGGCGUCUGCAGAGGAGCAAGCAGGGGACAAUUAUUUCGUGAAGUGCAUAUUGGCUCAAAGUUCAAAUCAUAUGCGAACCAUCUUCCUCCAUCCCAAGCUGAUGAGAAGUAUGCAUCUAAAGGUUGGAACAAGGGUCCACCUGCAGAUUACUUCAAAUGAAACAGAGCCCCAAGUUGAAACUAAAUUAGUUAUUCAAUACCACGGUGAAGUUGAACCCGACAAGUCAAUGCAACAAAGAGUGUUGCAGCAUUUGAUGACAGCUUCGGAAGACGCAAAGACCCAAGAAAAACAGACACUGGCAGAUCACAAGGACAAUUUCCCACUUCUGGUGCCAAAUGGCAUGCUCAUGAGCUGGCCUGGGCCGGAGGCCUCACAGAAUGGAGAAUCAGGACAUUUUAGCAUAUUCACUGAGAAACAUCCAUUCCUGGCUCGAACCCCAGUCGAUCUGUGGAAUCGGGUCGAAUGGAAGAAGUGUAUAUUGAAAAUGGAUGCCAUCCACCUAAAAAACAAUGGAACCGUAGCCAAGGAGAGUUUGCCAAGCCACUUGAUUCCGGAUGCCAUCCACGAUUACGUCCACAAGUGUUUCCGGUGGUUCUACGAGUUUUCUCUGGAUCAUGUCAAAGCCACCAAUGUCUUGGUAGUUGGUACCACGGGUAUUGGGAAGACCUCGGUCCUGGGCUUUAUCUCGGCCAAAUUGGAACUCGCCUCCCCACAAGCUAUCCACUGCCACAAGAUUGAUUGUAAAAAUGACAUUGGCAAAUCUGCAUCGUUGCUAAUCCAGCAAUGGAGAAGCCUUCUGGAAGAAUGCAUCUACAGGUACCCAUCUGUGAUUCUCGUCGACGACCUAGAUUGCUUGUGCUGUGAAAUUCCGCUUGAGGAGCAAUCGCAAAGGCCCAUGCAUUUGUCGAGUCUGGCUUCAGCCUUUGUCGAUUUGGUGUCAACUGACAAUUUCCGGGGCGUUCCUGUCUUGGCAACCAUAUCCAAUUUAUCCACGCUCCAUUCGCGUUUGAGGCCCGGAAAAGGCAAAUAUUUAUUUGCCGCAAUCAUUGAUCUACCGUUGCCAAAUAAGGACUUACGAGGGAAGAUUCUGGAUCAUCUGAUAGAUAAUGAUACAAAUAUCAUUCCUCCCACCAUCAGAACCGAACUGGAGGAUGUAACUGAAGGUUUUACGCCAUUGGAUGUUCAACGACUUUGGAAUGAUAUUGCCAUUAGAAUAAACAAAGGGAAUUUCGACAUGAACGAUAUCAAGCGUAGGAUAAGGACCUUUCGUCCACUUGCAUUGGCCAAUGUUAAAUUGGAACAACCAAGCCCAAAGACUUGGGCUGACCUUGGUGGCCUUGAACAAGUCAGAAGAGUGAUUCAUGAGACAAUUACUUGGCCAGGACAGUAUCCGGCUCUAUUUGCUCAGUGUGGUCUUCGUUUGCAGUCUGGCCUUCUUUUGUAUGGCGCCCCUGGAAGUGGGAAAACUUUGAUUGUAGGCAUCGCUGCUAAAGAAUGCGGCAUGAACUUGAUCACAAUCAAGGGUCCAGAAUUACUUUCCAAAUACAUCGGUUCCAGCGAGGCUGGCGUGAGGUCAACAUUUGAGAGGGCCAGGGCGGCCAAACCCUGCAUCCUAUUCUUUGACGAGUUCGACAGUCUGGCACCCAGGCGUGGGCACGAUUCCACAGGCGUGACGGACCGCGUGGUCAAUCAACUUCUCACCCAACUGGACGGUGUCGAGAGCCUCGAGUCUGGGAUCUUUGUCAUGGCUGCCUCCUCCAGACCUGACCUCAUUGACCCAGCCUUGUUAAGGCCAGGUCGAUUGGACCGCAAGGCUCUCUGCCCAAUGCCCAACUUCCAGGAACGCCUGGACAUCUUAAAUGCUUUGGGGCGUGAGGUGCAUUUUGAGUCGAGAAGCGAAGAUUUACGGAUAAUUGCUACCAAAACAGAUGGUUUCUCGGGGGCUGACCUUCAAGCCAUCCUGUACACGGCUAGAUUGGAAUCCCUUAAAGAAAAGAUCACUCGGAAACGAAAGGAAGUGAGAUCCGCAGAGAGGAUGGAUGGAAUUGACAUUGAUCCGCUUUCCCCGACGUCCACGCCACUGAUGCAUCUAACUUAUUGCGAAUCGAGGGAAAGUUGGCAAAUCCAACCAUCCAUCAGAAUGAACUCGAGUCGGUCUGAUCCGGGGAUUCCAUGUGAAGGACGAGAAGAAGAGUCCAAAGAAGCCGAUGCAAAGAGACAAGGCAACCAAGAAGAACCAGCAAAAACAAUUGAGGGUGCAACAUCGUCAGACUUAUUCCCUUCAAUGGACCCGAGGAAAUUGGAUGAACCAGCUGAGACCCACGAGGACUCCAAAGGCACCAAAGGCACAGCUGACCUCAACUUGGAGGAGAAGGAGAAGUCGAUUUCAACCGAUUCAAGGCCACAUCCAUUCGAUCCGCCGGCUCACAAUCGGGAUCAUGUUCCAAUCACUCGAGACCAUUUACUGGCUGCCCUAAAAGACACAAAACCCUCUGUGAGCAUUGAAGAACGCCAAAAGUUUGAAAGAAUUUACCAACGGUUUAGUGCGAAUGGACCCCGAAAUCUGGAUGCGUCAUCAGUGCUGCCACUUACAGAAAUCGACGCCAAGCGUGGAACGAAAGAUCCCAAUUUGGAUUCGAGGUCAUUACAAACCAUGGCUGGAUCUCGAGCGACAUUAAAAUAAGUUUGGUCUUGAUCUUUUUUACCAUAGUCCCUCCACCAACACUGCCAAAUUUAUCCCCAAUUGAGAUGAUGGAAUUCCCUCAAAUUAUUCAAUGAUCUAAAAAUGGCAAGGAAGUCAGUUGGAUGACAGAUUCUGAUUAUUUCUUUCAUCUUCAAUAAACAUAGAGCAAUGCUCAAAGUUAUGAAA